UCAGCAGAGAGUCUGACAGAUUGAGGGAGGGGAAACACACCACGGAAGAAGGGGAGAAGGCGGACCACCCCCCCCCCUCCUCCUCUCUCUAUCUAUCUCCUACUCUCCCCGCGUGCAUCGUCAUUCCUGUGGAUGCUCCGGGAUGACAGCGUGAAGCGGGGCCAGGAGCUGUCGAGGUACACACACGCCCGCCCGCCCCUGCCCCUCUUUCUCCCUCCACGGCCGCUUUCAUCGACUCGAGUGUGGACAUGAAUUCGGCGGAGCAAACGGUAACAUGGCUCAUUACACUCGGCGUGCUCGAGUCGCCCAAGAAGAGCAUCGCGGACCCCGAGGCUUUCCUGCACAGCUCCCUCAAGGAUGGCGUGGUGCUUUGCAGGCUCCUGGAGCGCCUCAGCCCCGGAUCCACGGAGAAAAUCUACCAGGAGCCAAAGAACGACGGCGAGUGUCUGAGCAACAUAAAGGAGUUUGUCAAGGGCUGCACAUCUUUCCGCGUCGAGCCGUUUGAGGCCAGUGACCUGUUUCUCGGUCUGAACUUCUCAAAGGUGCUGAGUAGUCUCGUGGCUCUGAAUAAAGUGACGGCAGAUAUCGGCGUGGGCAGUGAUUCGGUGUGCGCCCGACACUCUUCCGCCCAUCGUAUCAAGUCCUUUGAGUCUCUCGCCUCCCAGGCUUCACUGGGUCGCUCCUCCAAGCUGCUGCAGAACCAGUUUCGCAGUCUGGACAUGUCAGAGAACAGUGGGCAGCAGCUGCUGGUGAAAGCGCGUUUCAACUUCCUGCAAACCAACGAGGAUGAGCUCACCUUUAACAAGGGUGACAUCAUUGGGGUGACUCGUCAGGAAGAUGGGGGCUGGUGGGAGGGGACCCUCAACGGCAAGACGGGAUGGUUUCCUAGCAACUACGUCCGUGAAGUCAAAGGCUCCGACAAGCAAGUGUCACCCAAAUCCGGUACCCUUAAAAGUCCGCCUAAAGGCUUUGACACAUCUGCCAUUAGCAAGACGUACUACAACCUGGUGUUGCAGAACAUUUUGGAAACGGAGACUGAAUAUUCCAAGGACCUCCAGAUCCUCCUGACAAAUUACCUGCGCUCUCUUCAGAGCUUCGAAAGGCUUAGCGGCUCUGAUGUAGCUCUUAUCCUGGGAAACCUGGAGGAGAUCAGCACCUUCCAACAGAUGCUCGUCCAAUCACUGGAGGAAUGCACCAAGCUUCCAGAGUGUCAGCAAAGGGUGGGUGGCUUCUUUCUCAACCUCAUGCCUCAAAUGAAGGCUCUUUAUGUGGGUUACUGUGCCAACCACCCCUGUGCGGUCAACGUGCUCACGCAACACAGUGAGACGUUGGGAGAGUUCAUGGAGGGCCGAGGUGCCGUCAGCCCCGGGAUCCUCACCCUGACCACGGGCCUUAGUAAACCUUUCAUGAGGCUUGACAAGUACCCCACCCUGCUCAAAGAACUGGAGCGCCACAUGGAGGAGAGUCAUCCUGACAGAAGUGACAUCCAGAAGUGCAUGGCUACUUUUAAACAUCUUUCAGCGCAGUGCCAAGAAGUGCGCAAGCGUAAGGAGCUGGAGCUGCAGAUCCUGACUGAAUCCAUUCGGCUGUGGGAGGGUGAUGACAUCAAGACCCUGGGCUCCGUGCUGUACAUGAGCCAGGUCCUGGUGCACAGUCCUGGGGCAGAGGAAAAGAAUGAGCGCUACCUCAUGCUUUUCCCCCACGUCCUCCUGAUGUUGUCGGCCAGCCCCAGGAUGAGCGGCUUCAUAUUCCAGGGAAAACUGCCUCUGGCCAGCAUGUCGGUGAGCAAGCUCGAAGACUGUGAAGCUCACAAAAAUGCCUUUGAGCUCAGCGGCCCCAUGUUUGACCGUCUUCAGGUGUCGUGCACCAACCAACAGGACUUGCAAGACUGGGUUGAACAUCUAACACGGCAGAUCAAGCACACUGCAGCGACAGCACCGAGCCACAAACCUCUCACUGUUCCCUGCCACACGCUUCCAUCCCAUCCUGUCACACCGUCCCGGCACGCGGAGGGGAGGGCCAUGACGGUGGCCCCCACCUACCACACUCUCCCUCACCCUUCCUCCCAUGGGACGUCUCACAGCACCAUGAUGUGGGGCCCCUUGGAACCUCCCAACACACCCAAACCCUGGAGCUUAAGUUGCCUGCGGCCCGCACCCCCACUGCGACCCUCUGCAGCCCUCUGCUACAAAGAGGAUCUAAGUAAAAGUCCGAAGAGUGUCAAGAAACUCCUUCCCAAGCGCAAACCAGAGAGGAAACAGUCAGAGGAGGAGUUUGCCUUGAGGAAGAGCACCGCUGCUCUGGAAGAAGACGCCCAGAUCCUAAAAGUCAUUGAGGCCUACUGCACCAGUGCCAAGACCAGGCAGACGCUCAACUCCACCUGGCAGGGCACCGACUUGAUGCACAACCACGUGUUGGCCGACGCGGAUCGGCCCUCUGUGGACUCGCCGGGCCGCCGCAGCAGCGUGUCUCGGCCGGAGUUGAGCUCCGACCUUUCGGAGGACUCGGACUACGACUCCAUUUGGACCAGCCACUCAUACCGAAUGGGCUCGGUGCCACGCAAGAGCUGCAUCUCGCACCAAAACUAAAGAAUUCUCCUUGCUGUGCCACCUAGCACGCUUACCUCUUUUAUCGUCUGUAUUAGUUUUUUUUAAAUAUAUAUAUAUAUUUAUUCAGUUGUUUUUGUUAAUUUAUUUGCUUUAUUUAUUUUGGGACAGUUGUAGGAUGUUUAACGCAGCUCCCUGUUGCCUUUGCCACUUUCCCCCUUCAAUGUGCCUCCUCUCUUUCUGUAGCUUUCAUGCAGUAAGCGUUUGCUCAUUCCUGUUCAUUUAUCUUGAAUGUGACCCUCUCGUUUGAGCACAAACGUGGGGAACUCUCUUUUUGGCCCGUAAGAGUAAAUUUGAGAGAUGUCAGUAGGAAUUAAAAAAAAAAUGGGGGGAGAGAGGGAGAGGUGGUGACAGCCUUUCCUGUCUGAUAUUCAGAUGUAGUUCAGGAACGAGUGUAUUCUCUUUGAUGGCGCGCGGCUUCUAUUCCAGUUGGUGGUUUUAGAGCGCAUGUGCGCAAACGUAUAGCACAGAUGGCACACGUAAACGGACAACUUCAGCCAUGAUUUCCGUCCCUCUUGCCAUUUAUUACAGCAGCAUGUCAGUUGACCCAAACUCUUACUUAGCCUUCACAUUUUUCUUUCCCGUAAUUCGAAUCUGUGGUUACAAUGGCUUUAAUAGAGCGAGAACAUAAAAUUAGAGCCAACUACAGCCACUGUUAGAAACUGAAUGCCUUUUCGUGAUAGAGCAUGGCGGCAUACAAUUUUAUUUAUUUAUUAAGAGACAUUUUGGGAGAUGGACAUAGAGUACCCUUUUUCAUAUCCCCGUUCACUCGACUGUUUACAUAACUCUGGAGCCGGCAGCUGGGGCGUUUACCUGAAACGGCGUGCAUGCAUUCGGAUUUACAGAUUUGUAACCCAUUUUUAAAAUUUGACAAACCCCACACAUGAGGAAUAAAAUCAUCAAGUGCGUUAUAGCGGUUUUUAUUGUGUGUGGUGACGAAACGACCAACGCAGCACACAUAACAAUAUCUCCUCCGACAAUCGCAAAGUCUCCUCCCCCAAACCAGAAGUUUGUCAUACUACCAAGACUGAUUUGUGAGAGGAUGCUAUAGCGCAACCAAAGGAGUAGUCAAAAAAAUAACGAGAACGUAGACCAACUGUUAGAUUAUCUGGUACCUACGUUGCUGUAGCAAACUUUCCUUGUGGUGAAUGACCUGAGAGGCACUUUGUAUAAAAACACUCAACACAACUGGUUUACAGUGCAAGUUUCAGGUCCCUUCCUGUUAGGCUAAUAUUUUGUUUCACCUCACAGUCAUGGAGCCCGUCGCUCAGCUGACCUCUGUGCUGACCGCACACAAAUAUGUGCCAUUGUAAAUAUCGAACGUUAAGAUUAUUAGUUGUUUUCAAAGUCUUUCAGAGAGGUAAAAAAAAAAUCACCCUUUGACACCCUACACCACAGGAUAACCACUCAGGAUAAUCGUUUUGAGACCCGAUAAUUGGCCCUUUGUUGACUUUGAUAGUAAGAGGAGAAAAAUGCAACAAUUCGACCCAAUAAUCAGGUGUGUGGACCCCACUUAAUUGAGCAACAAAGUUGGUAUGAAGUAACGCUAAAGGUAACAGAAACAUUCCUUGUCAAAAGUUCUGCGAAUAAAAUCAAGACUCUAACGUCAAUGGAGUGCACUUACAUAGCGCUUUAUAAAUUAAUACGGCCUCUUAAGUUUGUUUUCCAGAUCGCUUUGCAUAUAAGUAGACUUGAUUCUAACUCUCCUAAAAUCCAAGGGUAAUGCCUUUGGUUCAAACUGAGAAACGAAUUCAUAUUUCAAACUAAAGCUAAAUUUGCUGUUAAACUCUCCUCCUCUAGUUUUUACACAAGGCUAAGAUAUGCUAAGCUAACUCAUAUCUACCUCCAGCUCUGUGAAAAGUGGAAAUUGCAAAUACCGGUUUUAAAAUUGUGGGAGAGACUCAACCAAUUUCCCCGAAUGUGUCACAUCUUACCCGGCAGGCUGUCAAAAGUUUGACCAGAUUUAAUUCAAGUCCAAACACACGCUCUAGGCGAGCUAACCUGCUACCUGUUGUUUAGCCUCGGAAAAGAGUCCAGGCUUGCCUCAGUGUUGUCUGGCUUGUCACUAUUUUCAUGAAGAAGUAUUUUUCCAGUGUUGGUACUAAAAAGUCUGCAGUUGGCAUCUAUUUAGAGCAGUAUAUAAUGGUCCAUGUUACACUCUAUUUUGUUUGUAUUUAUUUUUUAAUCUUGUUUUUAAUUUCAUUUGAAUGUCAGUGUUUACAAAAACAACCAUGCAAGAAUGAUGCUUAUUUGUUUUUUUUUGGGGGGGGGGAUUUGGAUAAAAGGUGAAGUGUUUUAAAUUAUUUUUGCACAAUCAUGUAACAGGACAGUGGGUGGAUCGAGAAUGUGUCAAAUGCUCUACUUUUUUGUCAUCUACCUAAAGUGUGUAUGAUACAGUUCUUAAAGGGAGACUAUUAAAUAUUCAGUGUUCCUGUAAAGUAAUGUGGUGUAAAUGCUCUUCCUUUGGCAUUGUGUAAGCAUUGAAGGGCCACAAAAGGAUUUUAACAGAACCAUUUCUAUGUAUGAACUCCUUCAGUCUCAGAAUACGGUUUGAAGUCUAUGUAUGUAGUCCUUCAAUCUUGAGAAAUGUGCUCUGAGUGAGGCUUGAAAAGGAUUUAUGAACACCCUCGAAACUCAGAAACACUCUGUGUGCUAGAGGUUUAUGUAUGACCUCUCUUAAUCUCACUAUUAAGUCCAAGGCAGGCAAUUUUGAAGUGUUUGUAUGAACUUUCAAUCUCAGAAUACUGUUCCAGUGGGCUGAAGAGUGUAAAGAGCACAUCGUCCCUUUUCUGUAAAUAAUAGUUGUUAAUUACCACGGGGGGGGGGGAGAAAAAAAAUACAUUUAGUGAGCUGUAGGAAUAUCACUGUCCUGUAUCGUGCUAUACUUUGUGACAGUUGUAUCCUGUGGAGUCAGCAUUUGGGAUAUACAGGGUGAAUUCUGUCGUGAAGCAUCAUUGUCUUUGAUGUGCACCGUGUCUCAAUAACUCACUAACGACGCCUUCAGAGUGUCUCUUCGAAAAUUAAGUCAAGUCUAAAAAUGGCUGUAUUAUGAGUUUGGAAUAAAUCUGUCUUUUGGUA